UCUCUCUCUCCUUUCUGAGCUGUUUCACUUGCAAUAAUUUGGUCUGUUUGGCCGCCGAGAAAGAACAAAGCUUUUCUUUUCCUUUUUUUUCUAAAGCCCGAGGUUGACUUGGUUUCUGCUUCUUCUCCGUUAAACUCUCUCAAGGUUUUCUUUUCCCCUGUUUUCUUGGUUGCCAAACAUAGCGUUUCUCGUACCGCCAUUGUUUCCCUCUGCAGCUUAUCUCGAUUUUCUUUUCGAAGGUUUCUGGAUUCGGCGCCUGCUUUUCUACGGGUUUGAGCUAAUUUGUUUUAUAAUAGUUAUUUGCAUGGUUGCUAGCGAGAUGAAGAGCUAUAACCUGAAUCUUGUGCUUGAUGGACUGUAAGCCGAGUAGCAGUGACAAGAAAACAUUAAAGAGGUGGUUUUUUAUUGAUAAAAGGGCUGGGUGAAGUAGAUCUCCACGGCUGAUAUACUGCUGACAUUGGUUUAAAAUUAUCCUCCUAUCAAAAUCAACUUUGUUUGAGGUCAUCAUUUGUGCAACAAAUCUGGAUCCCAUGGACCUAAAGUCGAAUCAUACUGCUCCUGUGCUCACUGAUCCUGCACCCUUAAGCAACACAAGACUUGGAGUACAUUCAAGUUUGUUUCCAUAUUCGCCUUCAGGAGCAGCUUUUACUCCAGGUCUCCUCCUAACAAUCCCCAGGAAGAAGACUGGAGUCCUUGAUGAUGUUCGUGCUUGCUCUUGGCUGGAUGCCAUGAAAGCUUCAUCGCCUCCUCACAGGAAAAUAAUUAAGGAUGUCAAUGAGUUUGCACCAUCUGAUCCUGAUGUGGCUUACCGAACCUGGACGCAGGUUAAGUACCCAUCAGCACUUAAAUCUUUCGAGCAAAUAACAAAUCAUGCAAAGGGCAGGCGAAUUGCUUUGUUUCUUGAUUACGAUGGUACUCUUUCACCAAUUGUAGAUAAUCCCGACUGUGCUUUCAUGUCUGAUGCUAUGCGAGCUGCUGUUCAAAAGGUGGCAAAAUAUUUUCCAACUGCAAUAAUUAGUGGAAGAAGUCGCGACAAGGUAUAUGAGUUUGUAGGUCUAACAGAACUAUAUUAUGCUGGUAGUCAUGGAAUGGACAUUAUGUGUCCUGUUAAACCUUCUAUAUCAGAUGACAAGCCAAACUGUUUUAAGUCCACUGACAAGCAGGGUAAGGACAUUAAUUUGUUUCAGCCUGCAGCUGAAUUUUUACCAAUGAUUCACGAGGUUUUUACAUCUCUCGUUGAAAGUACCAAGGGUAUUGAAGGAGCUAAGGUCGAGAAUAAUAAGUUCUGCGUGUCUGUACAUUAUCGUAAUGUAGAUGAGAAGAACUGGAAUCUUGUUGCGCAAUGCGUACACAACAUUCUUAAAGACUACCCACGGUUGCGAUUGACUCAUGGGCGAAAGGUUUUAGAAGUUCGACCUGUCAUAAACUGGGAUAAGGGGAAGGCCGUCGCCUUUUUACUUGAAUCACUGAGGCUGAGUAAUUGUGAUGAUGUGCUCCCAAUCUAUGUUGGAGAUGACCGCACAGAUGAAGAUGCAUUUAAGGUUUUAAAAGAGAGAAACUGUGGUUAUGGAAUUCUAGUUUCUUCUGUGCCCAAGGAAAGCAGUGCAUAUUACUCUCUCAGGGAUCCAUCAGAGGUCAUGGAGUUUCUCAAGUCACUUGUGAUAUGGAAGAAAUCGAGUUCCUUAUAAAUACUAUAUUAAACAUAUAAAGAAGAGAAUACUCUUGACUUAUACGUAUAUGAUAAGGAUAGCCUACCUGUUUUUCUAAAAAUUAUACCAUGGGCUUUGCGAGCAGAGUUGCAUAGAAGACGUUUUUUUUCCUUCAACAUGGAGAUGUCGGUGCCUAGUUGUUCUGCUCUAAGUUUUUGGUCUUAAUUGUAAAGUCUCAGCUUUAAUUAUCUUCUAUUUUGUUUUUGACAUCAAUAUAUAGCUCCUUUUCCCCCAUAAAUCCAUGUAUUAAUCAUUCAUUUAUUUUCCGACUUUCCCCUUUAAUUGUGGUUGGGUUAUAUCCCGUUUGGUGUAGUUAGAGU